GCCGCAGUCGGUAAGGCUGUCAAACCAUGGCCAGCUGCGAGUCUGCGACGAGCGCCGUCAGCCACCGGCGCACCAUUUGAUUUGCGCACUUCUUCACUGACUGUACCCGCAUGGCAGUGGCGCUCCUUUCGCUUCCUCCAUUCGCUCGCUAUUCACGGCUGCCGCAUGCGCGCGCCGGGGCGACUUCGCGACACGCAGUCACGCAUUCACCAAGGCCCACCACCUGCGGCCUUCACUGCCUCUUAUUACAGGCUGUUUGCUGCGAAGACGUGACAUAAGAUCUCGCAGUCAGCGCCUUCCCUCGCGCGGGCCUGUCUGUCUGCCCUCAGCCGCGUCCCAUAUCGACAGAAAGUACGGCUCACCAGGCGCCGCUCGGAUUGUACAGUACUCCCGCAUUGAUUGACAGCAUGCGUUUCGAACCAAUUCUCGCGCUGGGCGCGACAGCUUCUGCUACGAAUUUGUUCGUCGCUGACUACAGCGGCAACAUCACCACUUUGUCCCUUUCCGAGAGCAACGGCAACUACUCGCUCACCAAGACUUCCGCCAGCGAUGGAUGCGCACCAAACCCAGCCUGGCUCACCAUCGACCCUGGUCGAGGGCUGCUGUACUGCACCAACGAAGGCCUUUCUCGUCCUAAUGGCUCUCUCGCAUCCUUCAGCAUCAAUGCCGAUGGCAGCCUCGACUCCAUCGUCAACUUGACUACCGCCAACGGUCCAGUCAGCGCCGCAAUCUACGGAAACCCCUCUGCAAGCGAGCGAGGCCUCGUCUUGGCUCACUACUCCGGAUCGGCAGUCACAACCUACAAGGUCUCAUCGACCGGCAACGUCACGCUGAACGAGGAGUUCUUCUUCACCAUUCCAUCGCCAGGCCCAGACCCGGACCGACAGGACGCUCCUCACCCACACGAGGCAUUCGUCGACCCAACUGGCCAAUACAUCUUGCUCCCAGAUCUUGGUGCUGACCUCGUCCGCAUCUUCAGCUUCGAUGUCGAAACCCUCAAGCUGACGGAGCUCGAUCCCCUCGAGGCUGAGCCAGGUUCCGGCCCUCGCCACCUCGCCUUCUGGACUCCAUACAACACUCCCGGUGGCACCACCUACCUCUACCUCGUUGGAGAACUCUCCGCCACUGUGACCGGCUACGCUGUGCAAUACUCCACCAACGGCACUGGGCUUUCGUUCGAAGACAUUGGCUACCUGAGGACCACCGGCCUCUUCAAUGUCCCACAGCGCGUUGCUCCAGCAGAAAUCCAAGUCUCCCCAGACAACCGCUUCUUGAUCGUCUCCAACCGCAACGACACAACCUUCACUUUGCCAAACGCUAUUGGCAAGUCCGACUCACUUGCGACUUUCCCACUUGGCCAGGAUGGAAACUUGACUGCUCUCCACCAGCUGUGGCCAGCAGGAGGAAACUUCCCACGCCACUUCGAGACCAACGCCGCAGGAAACCUGGUCGCGGUCGGUCUGCAGAACGAUCAAGCUGUUGCGAUUCUGAGGCGUGAUGUUGUCACUGGAUUGAUUGGGGAGCCAAUUGCGAGAAUUGAGAUUGGUGGCAAUGUGACUACCGUGGUCUGGGAUGAAGCACCACGCAGUGGUGUCGCAGGCGUCACUGGUUUGGCUGGAUAUUAGGAGUUUCUCGUACACAAGCAGCACGUCUACGGCCUUUUCGAAGCGGGAAUAGACCCGCACCUCGAAAUCAGAUAGUCGCAGAUGUGAAAGCUGGAUAUCAAAGAAAAAUCUUUCACCACA